AUGACUUUCAUCACAUAUGACGACUAUGAAUCCCAUUACAACAAGUUCCACUCGAACCGCUGCCUCGAAUGUCGGAGAAAUUUCCCCUCGCAGCACCUCCUCGGCGUCCACAUCGAGGAGUGUCAUGACCCUCUGAUAGUCGUUAGGAGGGACAAAGGCGAGCACACAUACUCCUGCUUUGUCGAAGGUUGUGAGCGCAAAUGCUUGACGCACCAGAAGCGCCGCAUGCACAUGAUUGACAAGCACAUGUACCCGAAAAACUACUUUUUCGCAAUCACAAAGGAAGGCAUUGACGGGAGACGCUCGCUGCUGACUGACAGUGGCCACCGCAGGCGGAAGUCAUCCAUUUCCAACCAUGGAAAGGAAACACGUCGGGAAAGCCCUAAGGGGUCAGAACAGCAGCCUCUUGAGGACGGCACUGCAAAGACGGCCAGUCUGGGGCAGCAGAAGCAGAAGAAGGAGCAGGGAGGCCACACCAAGGGCAAUGACUCAAAGGCGGACACGGAGAUGGAUGACUUAGCAGGGGCCAUGUCCUCCCUUCAAUUCGUUCCACAGAGCGUACGAUUCGGUCGUGGACGUGCAGGAUUCUCUAGGAAAUGA